CCUUUGGUAAUUAUUUCCCAGGUCUCAAAGACGUCUUCAAUCGACCGACGAUGCUGCCCCUGAAUGUUUUCCUUCCGCUUUUGAUACUCUGAUGUCUUAGGAGAAGUGCGGCCUGGCUAACUGCAGCGGCACCGCUGAGAUGGUCCCGAUCGCUCAACAAUUCCGGGCAACGCGAGUCCUGCCUCAAGCAACUGUAUCGGGAAACAAACGGGACGUAACCGAGGGGAAAAGUUCCUCGCAUCCGUGGUAAUAUUCACAACUACAGAAGUGGACAGUGUGAGAAUUAAACUCCUGUCCGACAGUAAUGGACGAUAUCUGCUGGAAAUUGUGUGUGGAAUAAAAUCUCUGCAGCCAUGAAGGAGCUGGAAGAAGAGACUCGGAUUUAUCACCAUCUCACUGUGGCUCUCAGAAUUCGUCCCAUCAAUGAAUUUGAACUAGACGACGGAGCCACCAUCGUUGCACAUAAAGUGGAUGAUCAGAUGGUAGUGUUGAUGGAUCCAACAGAAGACCGGGAUGACAUCCUACGGGCUAAUCGCUCCCGUGAAAGAACGUUUAUGUUUGACAUGGUGUUCGACGGCACUUCCACCCAGGAGGAUGUUUACUUGGCCACUACCAAGGAUCUGAUCAAAGGUGUCAUUUCGGGAUACAAUGCAACAGUGUUCGCAUAUGGACCUACAGGAGCCGGUAAAACCUACACCAUGCUUGGAAUGAACUACAAACCUGGAAUCUAUAUCCAAACGUUGAACGAUCUUUUCAAGGCGAUUGAAGCCACGAGUGAAAACAUGCUUUAUAAUGUCUCAAUGUCUUACUUGGAGAUCUAUAAUGAAAUGAUCCGCGACCUCUUGAACCCUUCCUCAGGGUUUCUGGAUUUGAGGGAGGACGCGAGAGGCGGGAUACAGAUCGCUGGCAUCACGGAGUUCUCCACCAGCAAUGCUAUGGAGAUCAUGCAGCUGCUGACCAAGGGAAACAGGCGACGGACACAGGAGCCAACAGCGGCCAACAGGACCUCGUCGCGGUCCCACGCUGUGCUGCAGGUUACCGUCAAGCAGCGGAGUCGAGUCAAGGACAUCACCGAGGAAGUCCGCAUCGGCCGUCUCUUCAUGAUCGACCUCGCCGGCUCUGAGAGGGCGUCGCAGACUCAGAACACCGGCAAGCGGAUGAAAGAGGGCGCGCACAUUAACCGAUCGCUGCUCGCUCUGGGAAACUGCAUCAACGCGCUGAGUGAGAAAGGAGCCAAUCGUCCCCAAUAUGUCAACUACAGGGACAGCAAACUAACCCGUUUACUCAAGGACUCCUUGGGUGGAAACAGCAGAACAGUCAUGAUUGCUCACAUCAGCCCGGCCAGUAGUUCGUUUGAGGAGUCCAGGAAUACGUUGAUAUACGCGGACCGUGCCAAGAAUAUUAAAACCAGGGUGAAACAAAAUCUGCUGAACAUCUCGUACCACAUCACUCAGUACACCAACAUCAUCGCCGAUCUCAAGAAAGAGAUCGAACGGCUCAAACUGAAGAUUGACCAGCAAGGACCCGAGCAGAGAAAAUCGGAAAAGGCCAAUAUAAGGGAUAUUCAAGCGGAAGUCCAGCAGCACUCGGUGGAAUACAAGCAAGGGGAGAUGGACAGACUGAGGGAUCAACUCAUGGCAGCUUUUCGGCAACAAAUGGACAUCCGCCACAGUUUGAUGGAGCUGGAGAACACCAACACUGAGCUUCACAUCGGCGCGUCCAGGCACCUGCUGACCAUCGCUGACUGGGAAAGGGAGCGAGCCAACCGUUCUGGGAAGUGGUGGGAUGGGAGCUGGAGCGAGCGGGGAGACCGUGCAGAGGACGGGGUGGAUGUGACUGAGCCGCUGGAGGUUACGGCGGCACGGGAGGAAAUCGUCAUGUUGUUAACCGAGCAACGCAAAACGGAAGCACUCAAGUGUGAGCUGGAGCAGAAGCUGGGGGACAUCAAGGCUAAAGUCUGCAAGAUGCAGGAGCUGCUGCCGAGAUGCAUCGGCAACAAGGAGCAGCAGGAGAUCAUGAGCCUGCUGUGUAAGGUCCAUGAGCUGGAGGUGGAGAACACGGAGAUCCAAUCUACCCUGCUGAGGAAAGAGAACCUCCUGCAGCAGAAAGACUUUGUGGUGCAGCGAUAUCAGCAACAUCGCACUCUCUGCAGUCAGAUUAUUCGCCAGCAGCAGCAACUAAUAAACGAUUAUAACAUUGAAGUUCCACAGCAUCUACAAAACCUGUACAUGUUGUAUAGGCAGGAGACGGAGGACGGGAUGCUGGACAGUCUCAUCACCCUCCACACCAUCGCCGCCAACACCCUGAAGGAUCGCACAAUUCUGAAUGUCGCUCGACAGCUGAACCUAGAAGACUACGUGUUGUCGUUGGAAGGAAGAAAGGAGGAUGGGAGACCAAGGACAGUUCAUGAAAACCGACCACUGCUUCAUGCCCGGAUUAAGGAUUCAAUGCCACCAAUACUUCCUGAACUUGAGAGUGAUGCCUACAGGGUGUUCAAAGCCACAACGCAGUCACGGCACAUGAAACAGUUGCCGAAUCUAACACCACCUCCCAUCCGUCUGACUGCACCUCUGUUACUCCAGAAGCAGAGUCCGAUGGGCCUGAAGGAUUGGAGCAGGAGUCAAGUGACCAACACGCCAUCUGAUGUGGGAAGCAGCAGAUCAGAGUUGUUUGUGGUGAACAAGCAGCAGGGUGCUGGAAACCUGCAGGAAAUCACCCUGGGAACCAAGAGCAUCUCGGUCAUAGCGGCAAAGCGGCGCUCACGGGCAAACGCGGCGGACCCUGCCCUGGAACCCACCAGGGAGAAGGGGAGGAGGAUUCAGUCCAUGCGUUCUGCCGAGGAGACCGAGAAGGAGAACUGGCGUCACAUCGACUCCAAGAAAGACGCGCCGAACAUCGAAAUGAAAUCGGUCGGCAAAGGCCGCAGCCUCUCGCCCAAAAUGGAAGGGAUUGUCUUUGGGAACAGCCCAGAUUUUGGCAUUUCCUCUCCGCUGACCUCUAGUUUGUCCUGGUCCAAGCUGAAAGGGGCGAGAAAGACGGAUCAGAGGGAGGAUUCGACUGAAAUGAAAGAAAGAAAGAAGAGAUCCAGACAGUUCGAAGUAAAUUCUCCGGGGGUUCCUAAACUGCGGACAAACCCCUCGCGGCCACACAACGUCAAGAGCGUGUCCGAUCACAGGUUUUCGCUCACCCCACACCUCUCCCAGAACUCUAAUCUCAAGCCGAGUGUCGUGCCAGUCAGGAACGCCACUGUGUCUAACGCCAACCUGCCAACGGCGGCAAAGAUCAAAUUCCCACUCAAGUAUCAUUCAGGUGAGAGCCAAUUGCAGAGGAUUGAAGUGAGUAAUACCACGCCAAGUACCAUUCACCAGAAAAAUGCAGAGGGGAGUAAGGGGCUAAUCUUGCAGAAGCGAUUGAGAGGAGCAGGUAACGUCGCCAGCACACAUGUGCCCAUCCAACUCCAACGGCAUCCCGGAAACAUCAAAAAAGGAAGUAAUUUGUCUUUUAGACCCCACAGGACAUCUGAUGCAAAUCUACAUAUCAGAGGAGAUAGUAGAAACAGGAAAUGAACAGUUCCUAGCAAGCAUGUGGGCAAUAGAGACGUUCGAUUCGUGAAAUAAAUUGACUUAUUUCAAGGAUUGAAGACAAAUCUGAAAUGAAUUUCAACCAGGAUCGUGACAUUGCCCGACCUGACGCGAAUUCCAAAGAAAUUAAUUUGAGACAUUUACAUUCUGUUUUUGCGAAGAAAAAUAAGAUGCGGGGACAGCAAUUCCUGCAUUCCUUCAUUCCGUAGUGCAAAUGACUUCAAGUAGUAUUUCUACAGUUGAACAUGCUGGCGUGAUGAACAUGGAUCCAAGCAUGGGAGGACUAUACAUGAGCGGAAACUCCAAACUGCUUAAGGCACAAUUCCUUCGAGGGCCAUUGACCAGUCGAUCGUUGGUACUGUAGGAAAUGAAUGAACGUAGUUGCCAUUUGGAUCAGCAAUGCUAUUGGCAGCUAUAAGAAUUUACAAUUAUUGUAUCCUGUAACAACUCACAAAAAAUAGUUGCGAUUACUGAAUGAUCUGAAUAAAUCUACCAAGAGUAUUUUUUUGUUCUGCAUCUUUCACAUUUCCUGUCGUGACUUAUUUCAGAUGCUAACUGGCAAGAGUUAAUGGAGAUACAAGGAACUGCAAAUGCUCGUAUGCACCAAAGAUAGACGCAAAGUCCUGGAGUUAUCCAGCGGGUCAGGCAGCAUCUCUG